AUGGGAUUUACCAGAGUUCCGGAAUUUACCACCAACAAAAAGCAUGUCAUUUUCAUCCUGGGACCGACGGGAUCUGGAAAAACUAAACUCUCUGUAGACUUAGCCUUACAGUUUAAUGGUGAAAUCAUUAACUGUGACAAGAUACAAGUUUAUAAAGGUGGUGAUAUCAUCACCAACAAAGCCUCCGAAAUCGAACGCCAAGGAAUCCGCCACCAUUUGUUAGGGAUCAUUGAGAAUACUGAGACAGACUUCACCGUUGAAGAUUUUUGCCACCAUGUUCAAGCUGUAAUCAAAGAAAUUAUCAACCGUAACUCGGUGCCCAUCAUCGCCGGUGGAUCGAACUCGUACAUCGAAGCACUUGUUGAAGAUCCAAAGAUUAACUUUCGACCUAAAUACGAUUGUUGUUUCAUAUGGCUUGAUGCUUCCUUACAUGUAUUAUAUGAUCGUGUGUCCAGAAGAGUUGAUCAGAUGGCGGAGGCAGGUGUUGUGAAUGAGCUAAGAGAAAUGUUUGUUCCGGGGGCUGAUUAUGAACGUGGUAUCCGUCGAGCAAUUGGACUUCCAGAGAUGGAUCCAUUUUUCAUGGCGGAGAGAAAUGAUGAGGAUGAGGUUACGCUGAAGUCAUUGCUUGAAGGUGGCAUCAAUGAUAUUAAGAAAAACACUUGCAAACUCGUUGAACGCCAAACAAAGAAGAUUCAGCGUCUGAAGAGUGAACUUGGAUGGGACAUUCAUCGACUUGAUGUCACAUGUGUGCAUGAAAAACACGGAGAAGAAGCUGGGAAUGCAUGGAAAACUUCUGUUUUGGGACCGAGCUUGACAAUUGUGGAAUGCUUUUUGAAGAAAAAAUAUUCCUCAAGUGUCAUAUCGCGAAACUUCUAG